AAAUAACAUAAACCAAAGAAAUUCGCCAAAUGUUUAAUACAAGUCUAAAAGGAUGUCUAUUCAUGUACUAUAUCGUAAUCGUUGUCUAUGGAAAUUAUAGCGUGCAAAGUGAAUAUUUAUAUAAACAAACCAUAAAUCCUAAUACACCCUCGAUGAUAGAAACCAUAAUGCAUGACAUGCAACAGGCAUUCUGUUCGAUAACUAAUAAUACACAAUUGUUGAGACAAAUGUAUGAUUUUGAAACGGCAAACACGGAUAUUUCAACGUUACUAUUUAAAUUGCCAAUUAGUGAAGAGUGUCCCGAAUCAGAAACGCUGAUAUUAAUGAAUCGUCGCGAAUUUAUAACGCCAACAUUUCCGAAUCUCACCAACUCGUACAUGACUUUAAGACGUUUGAAAAUGACAAAAACUCCGUUAGUGGAUAAUUUAGACACAAAUCUUAAGGAGCUAUUGAAGCUGGAAAUGGAAAAUAUUGUUCAGAAUUAUGUGACUGAUGCAUGGGCAAAUAUGGGAUUGGAUGGUUGGAAGGGUGAUAUUACAGAUUCACAUAUUCCCGUAAAACAUAAAACUAUAGCAAAUGAUUACCCGCAUGCUGAUAUAAAUAAAGACCUAAAUAAGGGACAAGCGAAUGAAUAUUUUCGAGAUAUCACCACCAAUACGUUGAUGGAGAACGCUGAAGAACUGCAACUGCGAAAAGAAAUGGAUACAAAUGUUUUUAUAGCCAGAGCCAACGAUCCAUUUGGCUAUUCAACAAAAUGGCAAAUGAGAAAUUCAUCGAAACAAAACAAAUACAAACGUGAUGUUUUGCGUCUAUACUCGAUGAUCAAAUGUUCGACAGGAUGCGAACCACUCGUGUACAAAGGUUACGGUUGCUAUUGUGGUUUCUUGGGUGAUGGCAUACCAACGGAUGGCAUUGAUCGUUGCUGUAAAUUGCAUGACAAGUGUUAUGAACACAGUAAUUGUAUAUCGUAUUUGGAGUAUUUUGUGCCGUACGUAUGGAAAUGUUAUCGUGGCAAACCAUUGUGUGCCAUAGACCAUGGUGAAUGGGGUGGACCACAGUCGUGUGCGGCACGCUUAUGUCACUGUGACUUGAGGCUGUCAAGAUGUUUGCGUCAGUAUGCUUGUCCUGGCCGCAGAGCGGUGUGUCAUUCGUCUGUAUCGAGAAGACUGCAGAAUUUGUUGUUAACAAAGUAG